UUAGACUAAGCUCAUUUAUUUCUUUGACUUAAACAAAUCUAAGUUAAAGUACAAGGAAAUACACUUUUUUUUUACUUUCCUUAGCUUUUGCUGACCGAUGGGACUGUGUCCUUCACAAAAUACUCUUUUUAAUUCCCACUCUUUUUUGUAUUUGAAUUUCAAAUGCUUCAUUAUCCUUACACUAUCUCAUUUCAAUUUCAUUAUCUCACCUUUCUCUGGUUUUGUUUUCCAUCUUCUUCUCUUCUCUCUUUCUAUUUUUAUCUCAACUCUAUUUUACUAACUAACAUAAAUUUUAUUUUGCAGGAACAUCUAUCGUUGUUAUCGAAGAAGAAGUACAUGGGUUCAUUUUCAUUACCACAACAGAUUAUACAUAAAGGAAACAUAAAGGCUACAACUAUGAGGAGAAAACAAGAACCAAUAUUUGAUUCAGGAACUCAGACAAAGAAGACAUCUUCAGAUAUAAAGAUGAAAGAACAAAAUAAAUAGCAUGAGAUGUAGCAAUAACAGAAACAGUUAUUUAUUUUUUUCCGGCGGGGCGGUGACAAUUUCCGGCGCGGUGGAUACAAUUUCCGGCGCGGUGGUUAUUUGCAAAAUAUUCCGAUCUUAAUUUUUCUUUGUGGGUUUUGUAGAGGAGAAGGAGGAGAGUUUUUUUAUGGUGAUGAUUUUUCAAAAAGUGGUGUUUGAUGAACGAUCUCUAGAUCUAAAAAAAUGAUAACCACCACUCUUAGAAAAAAAAAAAACAUAAGAGAAAAAUUAUGAAGAAUAACGUUUAACAGGAUGAUAAAGAUGAGAUUUGAUGGUAACAAAACCAAGUUGGAGGGAUUUAAGGGUUGCCGGCGGCUAGGGUUUGUUUGUAGGAGAGAGCCUUACAAAAUUUCUUAGUUGAAGAGAGAGAAAGAAAUUAUCAAAUGAGUAGAUUGUAAGCUUAU